AGUCAACGACGUGGAAUCAUCCAGCAACCAAAGUGGAAAGGUGUAUGAAGAUGUUUAUGGAGGUUCGAUCGAGGAGUUUUGAAGAACGAUCGAGCAAAAGUAAAAAAUGGUUCGAGGAGUUAGAAAUUAAGCUACGGAAUGGUGAUGGUCGAACAUGGAGGAUUUCCAAAGUCAGCAACUUAAGUAAGACUUAAUCUCAAUCAUCAAGUUGAGAUAGGAGAAGACAUUUGGUCGAGUCAGAAUCAAGUUUGUUCGAGAGCGUAAGGAAGCAGUCGAAAAGCAGUACCGGAGAUAGUUUACAUCAGAGGUUCGGUAGCAGCAUGAAGACAAAGGUGAUCAACAUAAAUCAAGGAUUUAAGGAGUCAACCUAGAAACCUUAUUUAAGGUAUUUGAAGGCAUAUUAGAGAGUCUAGCCAAGACAUAACCAAGAUGAUCCGGAGAAAAGCAGUUUUGGUCGAUAUGGUCAAAAUGAGCUGGAGGAGAGCUAAGGAAGCCAAAUGAAGAUGUGCAAAGAUGAGAAAGGAGUUCAAAGGGAUGUUUUGAAAGUGGUCAACUCAGAAGUCAAAGUCAACCAAAGUCAAAGGAGAGAGAAAGUACCUUAUUGGUCCAUUUACCACUUCCGAGCAACCAAUAGGAGCAUGCCACGUGUAGGAGACAAAAUUCCUUCAAACCUGGACAAGGUGUGGAAUAAAUCAAGGGAUUUUUGAGUGAAGAAAUCAUGGACAAAAGACAUCUAGAGAGCAAGGAAUCAUGAAGACACAUUUUAUACCCGAAAUGGGCUAUAAAUGGCAAAGAAGACAUGGGCUGGAGAAAUGAGUUUCUACCUCAAAACCUCGACAUCUAAGGUUCAUUUAGGACCCAAAUGAAGUAAUGGAGCAGGAUGGAACAAUCACUUGAAGCCUGGAGUAAGUGGAGCAGUCCAUUAACCAAAAGUGGUAAAAAAGCCCUUCAUGAAGAAAAAAUAUUUGGAGUGGAAUCACGUCAGGCACGAAGGAGAUCAUGCAUUGGUCAAUUCAGAACCUCAUGGAGUCUACAGGAAUAAUGGGCAACAAACCUAAGGAGUAGGUUUACCAUGUGUUUUGUAAAUAGCUCAUUUAAGCCUUAAAAAUGGGUUAUGUGGCAAAGUAACUUGCCGAUUAAGUUUGGAGCUGAGAUUUGGUACACUUGAACUUCAAGGUAAAGUAAGUGACCUUCAAGAAGCUCAUAAGAAAAAGAGUAGAUUAAUUGUAUUUAUCCACAUGCAUGAAUUUCAUGUUUAAAUUGGUGACAAGUGUGUGAACAUGUGUCAAGGGCUCCCAUCCCUCCCUUUGGAUAUAAAUAGAACCCUUAGGAUGUGUUUUUGAUGUUUAGAAACCCCUGAGCUUUCUCUCUCAGUCGAUCUUAUGGUUUGUUCUAGAGAGAGAAAAUGGCUUAAAACCGAUACAAUUUUUGAGUAUGUGAGGUGAGUGUGGAAGGCUUUUGCGUGGCUUGAUCCUUGCUCUAGGAUCGGUUGUGGAGUGCUAGGAGUGGUGGUAAGACCUUAGUUGAUCGUUUGUAACCUUAGGGGAUUGGGCGUUUGCGGGGUGCGGAGGACGAGGCCAGGCGUAGAUUUCCGUUGUUGUUUGCAAGGCGCAAGAUGUUGAUGUUUUCACUCGUUUUCUUAUUCAUGGUUUUUGGUGCAGGCAGUCGACAGGUUGGGAGUAGAUCGAGGAUGAGGAAUGUGGUACGGUUACGGAGGGUUGGACAAGUGUCUGGAGCAGCCGGUUAUGAUGGAUCAAGUGAGUCAAGCUCAUCCAGCGAGUCAGCAUCUGAUUCUAACUUUGAAGAUGAGAAUGUGGUCGAGAGCACCGAGAGUUCACAUGAGACUGGGUCAUCUGAAUUUGAAGAAGCUGAAGUACUUGAAGAAGUUGAAGAAGAAUCUGAUCACCUGGAAGGCAUGAACUUUUUCGCAGGAACGGGAGCAAUUCCGCAAGCAUCCAACUCAUUCAACUACCAGUAUGGUUAUGGCAAUGAGUAUUGGGAAGCAAUGGACAUCAGCUCGUCCGACCUGGAGAUCAUUAAACCACCAGCGCCAGAAGUUAUUGAGAUCUCAUCAGACAGCACAGUUGCCGUCAACAUCAUUGACAUCAGUUCUCGUGAAAGCAGUCUGUGGAUUUCGAUGCCAGCUUGGAGUCCAGCAUUUUCACUUGGAGGAUCUCUUGAUUACAGUUUGGAGAGCAUCGGACAAUCUUUUGAUCCAUACAAUGAGUAUCACUACUCACCAAUGCCAAUGGAGUCACCGCCAGCAAAUCCUAAAGUCGGAACUGGAGCAAGGGAAGUAGACAUGGAAGUUCAACCAGAGAUCGUAAGAGAUGUUCAGAUGAUGGAGAGUACUCAGAAUGGAAGGACUAGACCAAAUGGAGCUCUAGGUGGACAAGUGGAAAAAGGGAGUACCAGUAGAAGACCAGCAUCAAAUGUUCAAGACUCUCGCAACAUUCCAACCGAAGAAGAAUGCAAUGUGUGUGGAGCGGAUGAUCAUCAUACUCGGGCUUGCACAAGGAUUAGGAGUCAGCCAGACUUGAGCGCAUAUAUGAUUUGCAGCUCAUGUGAGACGCGUGGACACUUCAUCGCAGAUUGUCCAAUGACCAACGUGACCAGAGCCGUACCCAUCUCUGUUGUUCCUCCUACCAGCCUGCUCGAUCAGCCUCAUCUACAACAGGAGGAUCAAACCUUAGAGACCUUGACCUUACUAGGAGUCCUGAUUGGGGUUCUCGUGGCGGCUAAGGUAAGUGGGUGCUGAUCCUUUCUCUUGGGUGUUGUAGCUGUAGUUGUUGCUCUGCUUUGCUUUCCUUUGCUUUGCUUGCUUGUUUAGUUUUGUGUUGUUGAGCGUUGCGUGUGCAACCUUGUUGUGUUGUGGACGGUGUGUCCUUGUAGCAAGUGUGGUUAAUGAGUAACCCUUGCUAGGUUGUGGUAGUUAGGUUUAGUUUCUUUUAGAAGCCUUGUUAGUUUAGGAUAUAGUGAACCCUAGGAUUUAGGAACCGAUCCCUAUUUAUAGCCAUAAGUUGAGAUGUGUCGUGAGUGUUGAUGGUGUCGGAAGGACAUGAGCCUUGACAUAUUGUUACCAAAAGAUUCGUGCAUGUGUGGGAAGAUCUGGAAUCAGAGGCAAUCGUGGUAUAGAUCGGCAACGAGUGUGCAACGGUUCAGAGUCGUCAAUGUGAAGGUUUAGAGUCGUCAGCGUAUGUUCAAGAGUCGUCGAGCAGUGUGGGGAUUCAAGAGGAGCGAUGGUGUGAUCUUUCUCCCAAGAAGGAUUUUCGUGCAAUCCGUGCAUGGUCAUGUGUGCAAGACCAGAGCAAUCAGUGAUCGAGCUAGUGAAGAAGCAACGAAGGCAGUAACUGAAGCGUUAAGACCAGAGUGUAUGAUGUUUGAAAUGGUGAUGUCAUGAAGAGAUGAAGUUAAUAAAAAGCCCAUAAGCCGAAGAAUCAGAGAAGAGAUGUCAAGAGGAAGACCAAACCAAGAAGAUGUCGUGGUGAAGCCCAAACAGUGUAAAGCCAAGAAGAAAGAUUGUGAUGAGAGUAGAAGAUGAAGCCUAGUCAAGUCUAAGACCAGAAGAAGACGAGAAGAGUUGAAGGAGAAAGCCCAGACGAAGAAGAGACGGAAUGUUGAAGAUCAAGAUGGAGUUGUUUCCUAAGGAGGGGAGACAAGAGUAAAGCAGUUGAGUUGAUCGUACCAGAACAGGCAGUCAUGAUAUGAGUAAAUGGUGGUAGAAGAAUUUAUUUAUAUCAAAUGGUGGUAGAAGAUUUUUGAAUCAAAUGGUGGAAUCAGAUGGUGGCAUCAGGUCAAAUGGUAGCGGAGUUUAGACCUACAUGGAGGAGUAUCAAACAGUAGCAGCCGGAUUACAAAGGAAGAAGAAGAUAGUGAGAUCAGAUAGUGGCAUCAACGACAUAAAGUCAAGGAGCAGAUCGAGGAAGCUGAAGCAG